AUGUCGCACGAGCCACGCGUGAAACGCCGCAGGGGUCUGCAGAGGCUGGACGACUUCCUCGCAGCAUUCUCCGACGAGGUCUGCAUGAACGAAGCCGAGCGGCACGGUGCUUUCAUCGUCACCGACGCGAUGCGCGAGCAGAGCCUCCGCAACGAGUUUGAGAGCGAGACGGCCAGGCUACAGCAGGAGGCAUCUUUGACGCAGCAGCAGCUCGCGCUCCACGCUGUCCCGAUCGAGGAGAACCCGGUCCUCAAGGCGGUGGGAGGCGCGCGCUGGGACAAGGAGCGCAGGGCGUGGUACGUGCCCGCGCGCACGCCGCUGCUCCCCUUUGUCAAGUGGACCACCGCCGCCGGCGCGGGCGCGGGCGGCGGCGGCGCUGCGGCGCGUGCAGAGUACGCUGAGGCGCCUGCUGUGGACGGCGUCUCUUCACAGCGGCGGGGUGCGGCGACGGCGGCGUCGUGGCACAGCGGGGGGCGGGCGAGCGCGGAGGCGGAGGCAGAGGCGGAGGCAGCAGCGGGCGAGGCAGAGGCGGCGGCAGCAGCGGAGGAGGCGGAGGCGGCGGCAGGGUCGUGGGCGGUGGAGGCGCCGGCACCGCUCCUGCUCUCGCUGCUUCGCUGCGGCUUCGGGAUGGAGGGGUUCCGGCGGGGGCAGCAGCGCGCCAUACGCCGCGUCCUCGCGCGCCAGUCGACGCUCCUGGUCCUCCCAACCGGCGCCGGCAAGUCGCUCUGCUACCAGCUGCCCGCGCUGCUCUCGACGCAGGUCGCCCUCGUCGUGUCUCCGCUCCUCGCCCUCAUCGCCGACCAGAUGGCGUCGCUGCCGCCCGCGCUGAGAGGCGUGCUCCUCUCCUCGGAGCAGCAGCCGCACGAGCGGCGCGCGACCUACGCCGCGCUGCGAUGCCGCGACGCUUGCGGCGCCGCGGCCUCGCGCCUCCUCUUCGUCGCUCCGGCGCACUGCCUGUCCGAGUGGAGCCACAACUUUCGGCCCGCGUACAUGCACGUCGGGGCCGUGCUGCGCUCGCUCGGCGUGGACACCGUCCUCGCGAUGACGGCGACUGCGACCGCGCGCACGGCGGCCUCGAUCUGCUCCUCCCUCUCCCUCCCUCCGGAGGGUGUGCUGCGGGUGGACGAGCUACGCGCGAACCUCGAGGUCUACGCCGAGAUCCUCCCGCCGCCCGCGCGCGUCCAGCGAAUCGUGCAGCUGCUGCGCUCCGAGCUGCCGCCACCCGACGCCGCCACCGCCGCCGCCGCCGCCACCGCCGCCGCCGCCGCCGCCGCCGCCGCCUCUGGCGGCGGCGGCGCUGCCGGCGGCGCUGCCGGCGGCAGCAGCGGGAGCGGCGGCGGCCGAGGCGCUGCAAUUGUCUACACGCCGACGAAGGCGGAGGCGGAGCGGACGGCCAACGCGCUGCGCUCGCACGGCUGGAAGGCGGGGAGCAUUGCCAACGCCGGCCGCUCCCCCGUCGGAUCUCGGGCAAUCUCGG